CUGGAGCAGCCGUCUAUCUUACUCCCCUUCCGCUCUGUCUCCGCCAGCGCUGCUAACUGCCCCUCUAGUCCCCCCUGCUGCAGAGAAAGAAAAUUACAUCGGGAUCCAUGCAGCCGGCAAUGAUGAUGUUUUCCAGUAAAUACUGGGCAAGGAGAGGGUUUUCUCUGGAUUCAGCAGUGCCUGAAGAGCAUCAGAUACUUGGCAGCUUAACAUUAAAUAAAGCUAACUCUGGCAAAAAUGAUGAUAAAAAAAGCAGCAAGGGGAACAGUAAAAGUGAAACUGGUCCUGAAAGUGGCAAGACGGCUGUUGUCUUCUCGUUGAAAAAUGAAGUUGGAGGAUUGGUAAAAGCGUUGAAACUCUUUCAGGAGAAACAUGUCAACAUGGUUCAUAUCGAGUCCAGGAAAUCCCGGAGAAGAAGUUCAGAGGUUGAAAUCUUCGUGGACUGUGAGUGUGGCAAAACGGAAUUUAACGAGCUCAUCCAGUUGCUGAAAUUUCAAAGUACAAUUGUAACGCUGAAUCCGCCGGAGAACAUUUGGACAGAGGAGGAAGAGCUAGAGGAUGUGCCCUGGUUCCCCAGGAAGAUCUCUGAGUUAGACAAAUGCUCUCACAGAGUUCUCAUGUAUGGUUCUGAGCUUGACGCCGAUCACCCAGGAUUUAAGGACAAUGUCUAUCGACAGAGAAGAAAGUAUUUUGUGGAUGUGGCCAUGGGUUAUAAAUAUGGCCAGCCCAUUCCCAGGGUGGAGUACACGGAGGAAGAAACAAAAACAUGGGGCGUUGUGUUCCGAGAGCUCUCCAAACUGUAUCCCACUCAUGCUUGCCGGGAGUAUUUGAAAAACUUCCCUCUGCUGACUAAACACUGUGGCUACCGGGAGGACAAUGUGCCUCAACUUGAAGAUGUGUCCGUGUUUCUCAAAGAAAGAUCAGGCUUCACGGUGAGGCCGGUGGCUGGAUACCUGAGUCCGCGAGACUUUCUGGCAGGACUGGCCUACAGAGUGUUCCAUUGCACUCAGUACGUCCGGCAUGGCUCGGACCCCCUCUACACUCCGGAACCAGAUACAUGUCAUGAACUCCUGGGACAUGUUCCACUACUCGCGGAUCCUAAGUUUGCUCAGUUUUCACAAGAAAUAGGCCUGGCAUCUCUGGGAGCAUCAGAUGAAGAUGUUCAGAAACUAGCCACUUGCUAUUUCUUCACAAUUGAGUUUGGCCUUUGCAAGCAAGAAGGGCAACUACGGGCAUAUGGAGCAGGACUACUUUCCUCCAUUGGAGAAUUGAAGCAUGCUCUUUCUGACAAGGCAUGUGUGAAAGCCUUUGACCCAAAGACCACUUGCUUACAGGAAUGCCUUAUCACCACUUUCCAGGAAGCCUACUUUGUUUCAGAAAGUUUUGAAGAAGCCAAAGAAAAGAUGAGGGACUUUGCAAAGUCAAUUACCCGUCCCUUCUCUGUGUACUUCAAUCCCUAUACACAGAGUAUUGAAAUUCUGAAAGACACCAGAAGUAUUGAAAACGUGGUGCAGGACCUUCGCAGUGAUUUGAACACAGUGUGUGAUGCCUUGAACAAAAUGAACCAGUAUCUGGGGAUUUGAUGCCUGGGACCAUUGUCAUUGCCAGAAUGAUCUUUCUGGGGCUUAGGAGCAAUUCAAUCAAUGUCAUAUAACACCAAUAACUCUCUGAGUCAUGGCUUGGCUACUGAGCAUGCAAUUCUGUACAAUUCUGCAUAUCUCUAUCUACUUGUAAUUUACUGUGUUAAUGUGUGAAACACCAUAAAGAACCCAAUGACAGAUAACCACUCAUUGUUUGAAAUAUUGUAACAUGUUUAAAUGUCUUAAGUAGAUUUGACAUUCUUGCUUGGUGUCCUUAACCAAACUGCAGCUAUUUAAAAUUUGUAACAAAUGCCCUCUUAUGAUUCUAGCUUAUUACUUUUUCUUUCUCAGAUCUGAGCUUUUCCUCUGUGUUCAUUAGAUAAAAUGAAAAUAGCAGUGAAACUGUUUCUAUUUUCUAUAGUAUCAGUGUUUCCACAGCACUAUUUGAGAUAAACCCAGAAUUGUGUGAAAACUCCCAUCACAUUAACAAAAGAUACAGUAUUCUGUUUCAAAAAUGAAAACUAGUGAACCCACUGGUUGGAAUGGUUUUUAGGUUGAAUAUUUAUACAAUGUUAGAAAAGAGAACAUUUUGCAAAUGGAACAUGUAGGUGGCAUUGACCAUGUAUAAACUGAGUUGUGGCAUGCUUUCCAAAGUAUUUUGGAAGAAAAUACUUCCAGAAAGGACAUUAGGAAAGACUAAACAAUGGGCAGAAGGUCUUGGGACUAUGAAUUUUAUGUUGGAAUAAAGAGAAUUAUCAUGCUCAGGUGUUUAAUCCAUUUGUCUUAGAGAAUAAUAAUAUCAUAGAGCCUGGGUUUCAAAACUGUGGAAAUUGCGUCUCAGAGAAGUUAAGUGAUUUGCCCAAAGCAGCGGUUAAUUGUGCACUAACAUUUCCAGCCCAUUGCAUGUCACUUUUGGAUUGCUAAAUUCAACUUGGUAUAUUUGUGUGUAGUAGAGAAGAGAAAACUAAUACUUACAAAACUAUGUUAAUCGCUAAAUAGGAUUUGGUUUUUGAUCAAGGGCUUCCAACAGCACAGAUGUUUUCUCUCACGGCCCCCAAACCAAGCCAGAUCUCUGAGAGUUUGUCCAGUUUGCCCAAAGUUUGGGCAAAUUUGGGCAGAUAAUGGUGAUGCACCACAAAUCUCUAGUCAUCUUUGCCGUAAGAGGUAUAAUCAGGUGACUAAGUGAACAAAUAAAAAUCUGAAUGAGUGAA